ACAAAGGAGAAGGGCAAGGGAGGGAGCACAGGAACAAGAGUUGGGGUAAACCCUAGCAAAGCUGUUGCAAAACGGCUGCAGCAGCAUCAGCGGGGAGACCCGGGACGGGAAGAAUGGCUCAGGGUCCGGGAGAGUCUAGGACAGAGUCGGAGCUCCGGAAAAGCACCUUGCGCCGGGCUCGGCGCUGGCUGCUAGGGGGGCCCCGGCCCCGCCGGGCGCUGAGGGCACUACCAGGGCCGCUCUUCCCCGCGGGGGAGCGGAGCGCAGCCCGCACGGGAGGCGAGGCUGCGGCAGCGCCGCAGGAAGUCGGCGCCCGAGGGGGCUGGCACAGGGGCGGCGGUGGGGCGGCCCCGCCCGGCCCGGCCCGCCGUCCGCAGCGGUCGCCCGCCGAUAGCCGCCGCCAGCACCCGCAGUGUCGCCGCCGAUGGUGCUGCCGGGGUCCUGCUGCCCUCUCCCGGGACUCGUCCCACCGCCCCAGGCAAGGCCCCUCCGCCUGGGAGCACCGCGGCGCUGCCGCCCGUGCCCCCUGCUGCUGUUGUUCCGAUCGCUGCUCGGGCUGGGGCUGCUGCAGACCGGCCUGGGCUGCGCCCUGGUGGCUGUGUGCUUCGGGGCGCUGUCGCUGAGCAGCGCCCCGCAGGUGAAGAACGCGUGUCCCCUCUGGGCCGGCUCCUCGGCAAUCUUAUGUGGAAUCUUAGGGUUAACAACAUGGAAGAGGCCAAUGCGGCUUUUGGUUAACCUUUUUGUUCUGCUGUCUAUGAUCAGUUUUAUGCUGAACGUGACUGGAUUAAUACUAGGAUGUCAAGGCAUUCAGUUUGUGUCCGGGGUACCCAGAUGCGAUUUGAUGGAUAUGGAUGAAAAUAAGACUUGUUUUUGCUGUGAAGAACUUCAUCCCACUACCUGCACAGAAGCAAAGGCUGUACUGAAGCUAUACCAUGUGAAGUCAUGCAGUGCUGCUCACCUUCUUCUCAAGAAGGUUCUCUUAGCUCUUAGUGCCCUGAAUGCACUCACUGCCGCAGUUUGCUUCACAGCAGCUGCCCUGCAUUACUUACUGACACUGGCAUCCAGAAGAUCCUGCACAGAUGAAUGUGAGAUUGAAGGUGAAGAUCGCAAUUUGGAUCCGGAUGACUUUGUCCCACCUGUCCCACCUCCCUCCUAUUUUGCAACUUUUAAUGCUUGUACUCCACAAUGUCACAGCACACCUGUCUCUGAUGUGAUUUCACUGCACUAUAUUUAUGUAACACGAAUCAGAGGGGUUGAAGUGUACUGCCCUCUGGACCCGCCUCCACCAUACGAAACUGUGUGCAGCUCAAAAAGCUCUGAGCAGGGAGGUGCACUUGAAAUAAAUGGCGUGGAAGAUGUUGAUUCAGGGGAAGUAAGUGGCAGGCAGUCCUCUCAAGCUGAAGAAAUUCAGGAGCCUUCCAGCAGAGUGAGCCUUUCCCCUUCAAAUGCCAGCUGUGUGCCUGCAGGAAAAAACAGGAGAGCCUUCAGUCCCUUGUGGAAAUGUUCUAAAAGUGACCCUGUGCUCCUGCACUGCCAGCUGCCUCAAGAGACAGUGCUCAGGUGUGAAACUGCAACACUCAAUGAUGUAAAUCCACUGCAUGCUGUCACCUUGCGGAAGAGUUCAAGAGCAGGAGCUUCGAGGGGAAGACCCCAGUCUCUGAUAGACUAUAAGUCUUACAUGGACACUAAACGGCGUGUGGCAUGGAUCCUUGAGCAGUCCUGCAGCAUGAGCCCAGACAUACAUGACUUGGUGGAAAAUAUCAAGUCUGUUUUAAAAUCAGAUGAGAAACAUAUGGCAGAAGCUGUCACUAGUGCCACUUUCCUUGAGCAGGCGAUGACAACACCUGCCCAGCAAGCCGCAUCAUUGAGAGUCCAUGUGUUGCCUUCCAGAUUGCAUCCUGGAUUGCUGUACCUGGAGAGCUGUGGUGACUUGAGUACUUUCACCACAGAGGGAGAACAGCUAGCAGAGAGGAGGAUCCAAAGAGCAGAACAUGAACGGCCUCACAGUGUUAUUGGUGUUGUCAGAGAAACUGUGCUUUAAGCUGGCUUUUUGGCUAUUCCUCAGCAGAGCACUUCUGUCAACAUACACAUACUGCAGAGGAAAACCAUCUUUGGCAAGUGGGUGGAUGGGUUUGUCACUAAUCACCUUCUUUUUUAAUACUCUUAUGCACAGACUCCAAAGGGUGAAGAUCAUUCUACAAAGAGUAAUGAGCAGAUUGAAAGCUGACCUUUACUGGGCUCUCAGCUGCAGCUCAUCUGUUCGUGAUACACUGGUGCCCUGCAUCUCUGUGAAGUUUGGUAAAGUGUAGCUGUGGGGUAUGAUGAUACAUCAUUCUUGUGGAAGGAGCUGUCAAAAGCAGUACUGAAGAACUUCACAAAUUUUUGGCACUUUGGUUUAAAUUAAAAUCUCCUGUCAUAAAAUGGAGACCUUCAGAUACAAACUAAGUUAGUAAAAAAUGGUGUACAGAAUUGUAAAAUCAUUCUUUACAAAGGAAGGUUGUUGAUGGGCAAACUGUACUAAAAAUAAAAUCUGUCUUCAAGAAGUGCUCUUAUGGUUCAGUAAACUUCUCUCUUAAUGGCGGAACAUUAUUUUUGUCUUAAUGAUGGAACAACAUCCAAACCCAAAAGCACAGGUGUUUUGCAACAGGUGGUGCUGGCUUGUUACUGUCCUGGGAAGAAAGGCACUCUGUGUGUAGUUUCAUUUAAAAUGCUGUUUGUUGCAGUAGGUGCUAUGAACAAAGAAGCUGAUAUAGUUAAUUUUAUAUUCCUUCAGGUGCUGCGAACCCCAGAUUGUGCAGCAUCAGCAGGGCACAAGUUAUGGAGAUCCCACCAUUUUACCCCAUUGAGGUCAUUUGACGUAAUAAAAAAUUUUCUUAGAGAACAAUUCUAUUCAUCACUUCAGCAGUCAAAAGGGCUGUUCAUGUGGGACCUUACUGCUGCACUUCUAGACAAAGGCAGGGACACACAUGCACUGCUGGGUGGUAGUUACCAUUUUGAGUGCCACUGGGGCUGCCUGCAGGCUCUCUACUUAAAAUAAACCAUCUAAAUUUAUUCUGUGGCCAAGGGACAUCCCUGGAGGUCCAUCUGUAGGAGCAGCACAAAGCACAGCACAGGCCUGGCCCUACUCAGGUAAGAGGCACGUGGAUCAUGAACUCUUCAUGUACCAUGAUUUUGGGUCAGGAUUGCUCCAUAUGUUUCUGCAUUGAACAAUUAUUUGAAUUACAGUCCCACCACUGACACUGUCAGUCCCUGCAGGUCACCAGCAUCACUCCUUCAGCCUGCAAGGCUCUACAGGGUGCUGGAACUGGGGUGGGGUCUGCUUGUCCUCUGUGUGGAUCCCAACCAUUAAAAACACUGAAGGAGGGGGCAAGAAACAUGUCCCCUGUGUAUACAGCAAAUCUGCUGACAUUUUUUUCUCUGUACUGCUGGAGUUAGGUCUUAUGUUUAUCCACCAAAAUGCAGAAAAGUUUGUAACACAGAAAUUGAUAUGUACAGAUAAUGGUAAGAAUAAAUAGGAGAAUGGAGGGUGGUACACAAGGGAAUGCAGAACUCAAGCUCAGCCUGUCUACUGCACCCUUACCAGGGACUUCACAAUUUCUUCUGUCAUUUAAGCAACUAAGGUGAAAUAUUUCAUUCUCUGAUGUUGAUGGUAUGUGUAUUUCAUGUUAUGAACAGCCACUAAGUGGCUGAAUGCCCAUGUUUAGUUUUCUUCUUAAUCAGCUGUGAUCUGUAUUGUCAUUUCUGUGCUUUCAAAGUACUCAUGAGAACCUAUGAGGCACAGAAAAUCCUAUGAAGCCUCACCAGAUGAAACACUCUCUGGAUGACUUUUUUUUUUUUUUACUUUCAAGUAUGAUCAUAUUUUUUAUAAUCUCUCACUAUAUAUUUUUAUUUUAUUAUUAUAUAUUUUUAAAAAGUAUUUUUAACCUUAGCACAGGCAGUUCCAGGAUUAAUUCUACGGACAGACAUAUCACAAUUCUACUUUUUAUUUACUGAAAUGGUGUUAGGUCUUUAAUAAUAAAUCAUGCUGAUGACAUUUAAAGGAAAACAGUGAUUUCAGAAACUACUCUGUGAAGAACUUUUAUCAAAGCCCCAUUUAUGAAAAAUUCCUAUUUAAAGUUGUUCAGUCAAAGAAAUACUAUUUCUGUCACAAUCACAGUAGAUGAAGAAUCACCUUUGU